AUGUUCGACCACACCGCCUACCCGCACAUUAUGGAGGCCAUCCUCUCGCACGCCUCACCCGACGUGCUGCGCGCCAUCGGCCUCACCUCGCGGCACUUCCUCUCCGUGACAGACAAGCUGCUCGACUCGCAGACGCUCACUCUUUCCUUACUUCCGUGGCGCCCGUCGCCCUGCCGCUCCCUACUCGGGCCUUGCGGGGGCCGCCCGGACACGGCGGACACGGAAAUCGUCCUGUGCGGGCACGGCUGGAUGGUCCGCGCAGCCGGCCUGCGCGCGCUGCAUCACACGCGCGCAAUCGACGCCAACGCCGACGUUGAAUGGGGUCUGCAGAUGGUGUGGAGCUUAUUCUUCUGGCUCCUCCCGCGCGCGGCUGUGCGCGGCGGCCCCGCCGUCCUCCACUGUGCGGCGGACGAGGUGAUCGUUGCCUUUGACGGACACACCGCUCUCGAGCCGCGGUACACCCAGUACUCGCACAAGCGCGUUGUGGUGCGCUACGAGGGCGCGGGAGGCGAGUCGACGGGACGGCGGAGCACGGUGCGCGUUCUGUCGACGGAGGAGUGUCAGGCGGAAAUCGGCGACGAGCAGUACGCGAUCGAGACGGCGUGGUAG